CACCACACGGCGUGCCAGUGCAACCAGUCGCUCUUUUGGUUUUGGCGUGCACUUGAAUUUUUGAGGCACCGUUAUUUACGGUUUUGCUAAGCAAUUGCAGGCGCAUGAACCUCAUCGUCAGUUAACAAGGUUGCUGUCGCAGCACCCACCCCACUGUCCGGACGAAAACACUCCUUUGACCACUUUCAGCACAGCCUUGAUCCUCGACGCCGUGGUGGCAUACAGCCGCGACCACUAUGGCUACUAAGAUGGGCAAACUGAGUGCUUUUGGCGGCAUGCACACUGCCGGCAUUUACUCAGACAUGACCGUGGAUGGGCCGGAGAUUGGUACGCUGGUCGUGGUUGUGGAUAGGGCAAAGAACCUCCCCAAUAGACGGACAAUGGGCAAGCAGGACCCCUACUGCGCAGCGCGUCUCGGCAAGGAGGCGAAGAAGACAGAGACAGAUAAGCGGGGAGGCCAAACGCCAAAGUGGGACCAGGAACUACGCUUCACCGUCCAUGACUCUCCAGACUAUCACCAGCUCAAGGUGUCCGUAUUCAACGACGACAAGAAGACUGAAUUGAUUGGUGAAACCUGGGUCAGCCUGGAGACCAUCCUUACACCAGGUGGCGGGCAGAGCGAUACCUGGCAUGGUCUCAAUUGCAAGGGAAAGUAUGCCGGAGAGAUUCGCAUUGAGCUCACGUACUACGACACUCGCCCCAAGGCGGAGAAGACGCCAGUAGAGAAGAAGGAAACCGCCCGAACUGAAGUUCAGAGGCCGUCGGUUGGAGGACCCCGCGAGAGCACACCCGUCAAGCGAAGGCCGCUCCCGUCUGACCCCACUGGGACUUCACCGUCUCCAGCCGGUACGCCAGACCAUCGUGGGCUUCAAGCAACACAGUCUGGACCUCGCAACUACCCAACCCCUCCCCGGCAGCAACGCUCGAACGAGUACAGCACCCCAACUCAUCAACGACGCAGCCAACUUCCUGAAGGCCAGCCCCAGUCAGUUGAGCGUCGAAGGCCGCUGCCCGAAGCCUCGCCUUUGAACAACAACACGCCGUCCUCGAGUCACCACACUCCGCAACAUCGAGCAUCGCGAGUGCCUGAACAUGAUCCAUACAGUCCUGCACAAAACCCUCCUCCAUCUCAUUCAAACACUCCCCAGUACAACGAAGAUGGCUUCGACAUGUCCUACACUGCGCCCAAGCCUUAUGAGGUCCAGCCAAUUGACCCAUCGCCGCAACACACGGUGGAUGGUGGCAACCGGGCCACCCAGAAUGACUUGAGGUCUUCUCACGGCCACUCACCGAGUCAUAUGGAGCUGGCUCACUCAUACUCGACUCCAGUUGUUCCAACGCAGCAUGGAUAUGAGUCUGAAUCUCCUUACCAAGAUCCAUACGCAGCCCAAUCUCAAGGAUACUCGAAUGGACAUGCCCAACAGGGACCGGAAGAACACCGUCAACUCUCAACCACGUAUCAAGAGCCUCCGUAUCAUGUUGAGCCCUUGAGGCCGCAACACAAUGCUACGCGAAGCAACGAUUUUGGCCACAAUCAAGUUGCGCUUCGCAAUUCAUACCAUGGCACCGGUGGCUACAUGGAUCAGCGAGCAUCAUACUCACCUGCAAAUGGACGGCCAUCUAGCGCUAUGCAACCUACGGUUGAGGAUGAAGAUGAUUGUCCGCCCCCUCCCCCAAUGCAUCGCAGCAACGCGGCCACUAUCGUGCACCAUCCUCAACAGUCGCCGCCAAGCUACCCGGACGAUGCCCCAGCCCCCCUCAAUAUUAACCGAUAUCGAGAGCAACCUGCCGCAUAUGAUUCUCCCCCUCAGUCAUAUGGAACGAAUGAGUAUGCAAAUCCUCAUCCCGCCGAGCGUCGAUAUACAAACCCACGUAUGUCGAUGUCUCCACAACCAAAUAGCCGCCCAGUCUCGCGUGACACCAUGGCCCCGUCUCCUUUGAGGCAAGAAACUGCUCUCAUACCCUCUAGUCUCGUGGCUGGAUACGAUCCAUAUCGGCAGGAUACUCAAAUGACCCCACGAUCAGACAAUAGGGACUCCGAUGCAUACCAAGAAGCCCCGUCUUAUGAGACACCCUCUCGCCAGCAGCGACAUCUGUCUGAGCCAGACUACCGAACUCCUCCUCAAUACGACACGCCUUCUCGACCACAUCUUCUCACCCAGCACAACUCUUUCCCCCUGGCCGAAUCCCCUAGUUACUAUCAACAUUCAUCCCCACAAGAACCGCACCAUGUCUCGCCGUACCAAGACUCUGCGCCAAUGAUCAAGCCUCGCGCGAUGAGUCCAGCAGAAGCCCGCACCCCAGCUGAUAAACGGAUGUCCCGAACCCCGAACCGGAGUAUGCCAACGCGCAAGUCGGUCUCGCCGCGGCCACCACCCUCUACUGCAGAUCCAGGCGAUCGAAGGCUGUCCGGAGUGCCAUUCAACCCCGACAGCUUUGACGUGUUGAAUCCAUCCGUGUCACAGAAUUCGAAUUCUAGAGGCAACGGCGGCUCGGAAGACGACCGUCGCGGCAGCAAUGCUGAGGUCAACGAAAAGGGGCAGGUGGUAACGUUCCAUGGUCGGGUCAUCGACGCCUCUGAUCAUCUGCCUAUUGACAGCUGGGCUCCUGAGCCGGAGCGCAAAGGGCCUCAAAAGGAUCGGCCCGUUCGAGAACGGGCUGCACUGAAUGGCACUCGCGAUAUUGAAGCAGCGAAGGAGAGGGAACGCCAGCGCAAAGAACGUGAGCGGAUCCGUAAUGCGGUCAACUCAUCAGUCACCUCCGGCGGGAGUCCCAGCACUGCUUUGGUUACUUCGAGGCACCGUUACAGCAGCAGCCAACCUAUGAAUGAUGGGGCAAUGGUCCUGUCUGAUCAUAGUGCUACUUCGCCUAGUACGGGACGCAACAGGCUGCAGAAGCGUAAUCAGCGGCCGGUCUCCACAUACACUUCCCCGUCGCAUCAGUCUCCGGCUGGAAACAUCCCUUCGCCGAACAGCCUUGUUCUUCGCGAGCGUGAGAAUGUCGGCGGCUAUGGGGGUAGUCCAGGUUACGGGGCGGGCUCAAGACAUUCCGUCGCCGCGCCACCUAUUCCAGCGAAGAUCCCUCUGGAUUCAAACGGCAAUACAAUGUCAGAGGACAUGACGGCUCUUAGCUUAGAGUUACAAUCCAUCGACAUCGGUGGCAGCGCUGGUCGCAAUCGCGGAGCGGCUAGACGGAGGUAUGGAGGGGGAUAUUAAACCCGGUUCGUAUUCAUCGGUUUCUCUCAUGGGUCUGCUACUGGCUUUUCACAUAAUAGGACCGGACAAAGUCCGGUUUUUUUGGCAGCGAGAAGUAAUCUUUUCCGCUCCUGUCUGGAUGCCCACGCAGUUUUCGGGAUACCAGAUGGUAAUUGAGUGAAUAUUUUUCAUGGCAUGGAUGCAGCUGUGUAUAGAGGCUGCAUGGGGCGUUUGUGUAUAAUGUGUUCUUUCUUGGAUGGACGAUGAGGUAUCGAGAACAUGAUGCCAUGAUUCUACGCUAUCCAAUUUUCACAAUUUUCAAGAUUCGUUCUUGCUUUUGGUUACCAGGUACCAGUUCGUGUGGUUGCCAGCUGGCUUAAGGAUCUUUCUUUAAGAAGGACAUCCUGCUCCCACGUAUGAUCAGCUUUCUAUCUAGGAAGUUUACCUUAGGC